GGAGGAAGCAGCUGAGGACAAAGAAGAGCUGGAGGAUGGAAUAGAGGAGGAAGCAGAUGCUACAGAGGACUUCUUGACGGGGUUAAAGGCAGGAUAGGUGCAGCGAGUGGGAACAGGGGACUGAUAUGUGGUUGAUAGCAGGGUAUAUUGGGCUGGAACUGGGGGUGCUGUGGGGAAUGGAGGAAGAUGAAUGAUUAGAAGCAGGACGGGGUUGUUGCAAGCUGACUGAGGUUGGAUGUAACAAGUCUGUCCAUGUCUGCAGUAUGGGUUGAACAAAGCUCAGCUUACACAAAGCCUGUCUGACCAAUGACUGCACUGCGUUUAUACACUCCACAAGCACAUGUGGUGAACAUGCUGAAUAAUGCUCAUGGAAGCCAUACGGAUCAUCCUCCAACAACCAUACCAGUGAAUGUACUUGAUCCGUACUGAAUGGUGGGGAAAAGUCAUCCCUGCUUUCAGGGGUACAGGACCGAGCCAACUCAGCACAAGUCUGGAUCAAUGGCUGCACCUCAGAAAACUCUGUGCCCUGAUCUACUAGGGAAUGAGCGACCCGUAUGCACUCUAGCAGCUGAUCCCUGGCAUACUCCUUCAGAAUCUGAUAGCCAUAUUCUCUGUCUUCUAUCGCUAGCAGAGACAAGUACACAACCUCCUCAGGAUGCAUCCUUCACAACAACAAGCCAAGAUGGCUUCCCUGCAGCCACUUCUGGUCAGGACUGGCCUUGGUGUAAUGUCAGGGCUCCGGGUAUGACCAGA